AUGCUUUUACCACGUGCGACUUCGCUGCGCUUUGCUCGACAGUCCAGCCGAGCCACAAGCUGCCUUCGAUCAGUGGCAACGGCCAGCGCGAAAGCGAAGCGAACUCGUACGACCGCUCUGCCACAAUCCGGCCUCAGACAAAAUGGAGGUAGUACUGCCGCAAGGCCAGGACAACAGAUAACACAUGCAAGCUUAAAAGCGAAGAGAGCACGGCAACUCUAUGAUCAGGGCGUAAGACUUGUCUACGAAGCUCCUGCAUUUUCGGGAAGGAUUCUCGGUGCCUGGUUCAUCGGUGCUUGCUUUGUCGGGUAUGCGGUCAACCUGGUUUCGCUUCGUCACUGGGACAUGUCCACACUUCACGGAAUGGGUUCGUGGCAGAAGAAUUUCAUUGCGGGAGGGAACCGAGUGUCGAUGUUCUUUCUUACCUUCAUGGGAGGGUUCGCCAUCUUCAGAUACUGCGGCUUCAUCAGAUCUAUCCGUCUCGUGGACCUCGGUGCUGGCAACAUCAAGUUGGGUGUCCACGUCAGACGAAGAAUGCCCUGGAGCGAGACAAGGUUCACCGUGGCUGCCGGCGAGCUUUCCUUGCCGCACCGGUGGCAGCAACGGUUAAAUCCGUCCACAGAGACCACCGCUAGCCGCAACCUGACGGCCAUGCUAAGCCUGCCAUACACAUGGUUGAAGUCCUGGCUGUUGAUGGAUGGGGUCAUAGCCCCCGUUACCGUCGGCACAGGAGCUAUUGGACAACUCGACAGUGCCGGGAAAUUCGAAGUGAGUCUUGCCGACUUCAACGCGAUCACAACCGAGAGGAGUCCUACCUGA